CUUAACUAUUUAUUUGGUGUUAACUUAUAUUUCUCUAACUAUAUAAAUACUUUACAUAAUUUAAAUGAAUUCAUUUAUUAUUUUCUCAUAAUCUAUUAUAUAAUUGCUCUAACAAUAAAUCUAUAUGAAUAUAUAAUAAAUUAUUCAAAUGUGAUCAUUACCACGUAUAAUUCUAUUAAUAGUAUAAAUUUUUAAUGGUUUAGUUAUGUUUAAUAGGUAUAUAAUUUGUAUUUUAAAAUUUUAAGUACUCAUUUGGUCUUUACUUUGGUUUCUAUUUUUUCUAUGCUCGAUUAUUUAUGAAAUUCAACUUAAUUUUGAGUUUUUUUUCCAGUUUGGUACGGUUCAGUGCACUCGGGUAAAUGUACUCAAACCUAUACAUUAUCUCUUAUAUAAGAAAAAUUUAUUUAAUUUCAAAAAUAAAUCCGCGCUUUCUUAACCCAGGUCAAAAUCUAGUAUAUAUUCAAAUGGAUGCAUAAAAACAUAUACUCCUACACUAUAAAAAAAGAACUCGUCAACACAAAUGUUUAGCAAAAGUCACAAAUAAUUAAACAUUACUGUUUAAUUUCCACAAAAACAAAAGAGAUUAUGUCUUGGACUAAAAUACAAGUACGAGGGCAGCCAAUUCCUAGGGUUCCGGCAAGAAACCACCGUAUGAUAAACUCUUUUGUUUGUGGAGUUUCUAUCAAAAGUCACCACCGUGUAAGCAAUGUACUCCGUACGAAUGGUUCAUCGUUGGGUUCUGUCCCCAUAAGAACAACCGAGAGCCAGUUCCUUCGUGGUGACGGUAACGGUAGAUUCGGGAGGUUCGGUGGAAAGUUUGUACCGGAGACAUUGAUGUCUCCCCUGAAAGAUCUUGAAGACGAAUUUAAUUUUGUUUUGGGCGAUCACGAAUUUCAGGAGGAGCUUACCACAGCAUUAAGAGACUACGCAGGAAGAGAAACGCCUCUCUACUUCGCCGGACGUUUAACCGAACACUACAAGAGCAUAUCUCGAACCACCGGAGAUGGACCAGAGAUUUACCUGAAAAGGGAAGAUCUUAGCCAUUGCGGGUCCCAUAAAAUCAACAAUGCUCUCGCUCAAGCGAUGAUUGCCCGGCGGCUUGGGUGCAGCCGUGUGGUGGCAGCAACAGGAGCCGGUCAGCAUGGGGUCGCCACGGCGGCUGCUUGUGCGAAGUUCUCCUUAGAGUGUACUGUUUUCAUGGGAACCGCUGAUAAAGAGAAACAAUUCUCUAAUGUCCUUUCCAUGAAAAUGCUUGGUGCUCAGGUGAAAUCAGUGGAAGGAACGUUUAAAGAUGCGAGUUCAGAGGCAAUUCGAAAUUGGGUUGGAAACCUAAAAACCACAUACUAUUUAUCGGGGACAGUGGUAGGACCACACCCGAGUCCAUUAAUGGUACGUGAGUUUCAAUCCCUGAUUGGGAAAGAGACAAGAAGACAAGCAAACCAACUAUGGGGUGGUAAGCCUGAUGUGUUAGUGGCUUGUGUGGGGAGUGGCUCAAACGCAUUAGGAUUGUUCCAUGAGUUUGUUGGGGAUGAGGAUGUGCGACUGGUUGGGGUCGAGGCUGCAGGAUUGGGUUUGGAUUCAGGGAAACUUUCAGCUACUUUGGCUGUUGGAGAUGUUGGUGUGUACCAUGGCUCCAUGAGCUACUUGUUGCAAGAUGAUGAAGGACAGAUACUUAAACCACACUCCGUAGGAGUAGGGUUAGAGUAUCCCGGAGUUGGACCAGAAAUUAGCUUUCUCAAAGAAGCCGGAAGAGCAGAGUUCUACACAGCAACAGACCAAGAAGCCAUUCAAGCGUGCAGGCUAUUGAGUAGAUUGGAAGGAAUAAUCCCAGCAUUAGAACCGUCUCACGCGCUGGCGUUCCUCGACAAACUUGUUCCUACUCUACGCGAUGGUGCCAAAGUGGUAGUGAAUUGCAGUGGCCGUGGUGACAAAGAUCUAGACACUCUCAUCCAACGAGGCUUGCCCUCUUCUCUUUGUUGACUCACCAAGAUGCAAUCACAACCAGCAUUAUGAAUGAUAUAUACAUUUUUUUUUCUCUAUAUUUUAUUAUCAAAGCACUAUGAAUGAAAUAAUAAGACAUCAAUCAUUAGCUAUUUUCGAACUACCAGUGACUAGGGGUGCUCAAAAAUCGGAUAUCUGGAUUUUGGGAGUUA